AUGGCAACAAUGUUACUAUUUCUGUUAGAAAGUAAUGGUUGCGUUAAACAUAAUAAUGAGUUAUUAUUGAGAAAUCAUGAAUCUCGUCCUGUGGGCUCUGUUUGUGUGCCUGAAGCACAUGCAACAACGAGUUCUACCAAUAAUAAUGGACGGGGUAAUAAUAAGGAUAAAGGGAAACGUGGUCGUGGUAAUAAAAGGAACCUAGACAAGAAUUCACGGUUCAAGCCAAACCACCAUGAGCGGAAAGAUGGCACCCCAAAGAAAGAGCGGAAUACAGAGAAAGGAAAAGAUUCAUCUGACAAGCCUAUAAAGAAUAAGGAAUAUGUUUGUUGUCGUUGUGGUGUAACCGGUCAUUGGUCACGUACCUGUCGUACUUUCAAGAAUCUUGUUAAUCUGUAUCAAGCACCCCUGAAGCGACCCGCUGUUGAUAUUGAGACAAAUCUUAUAGAGACUAAUGAAGCUUCUACUAGUUCUCCCCACUUAGACUUUGAUUUUCUUACAAAGUCAGAAGAAGGAAAGUGGGAUAUAUCUGAUUUUCUUAAUAAGUCAGAUGAUGAAGAACUUAACUAG